AUGGCUCAAUCUGAGUCUUCAUCCCAUGGAGGCGAAGAUUAUGAGCGCAGCCGCGGUCCCACUUACGGAGACUUUAACACGAUGCAGACGGAAAUCUCUCAGAUCAAGGAUAUCGUGCACACGUAUCUCCUGGAUCGAAAAGACUCUAAGUCUGAAGGCGUUCCUACCAUUGAGGAACGAGACGACGACCUCGACUCGCAACUAGACAAGCUGGGAGACAUGAACAAGAACCUCUCGCGGUUAGCACCGCACCCCGAAAAGGAGGACGUACCGAUUGAUCCGCUUGUGGCGACUCAUCGACAAGGCCCCGCUUUUUCCAAGAAGGCGCCUGUUGAGGAGCACGUCUCGGUGGCAAAGAUUGGGAAAGAACUCCUGGAGCUGGAAUUCCCCAUUUCCCUUCAGAAACUUAUGGGCAUUUCGAAUGAAGCGCAGAGAAAGUUGUUGAACCAGUUCGUUUAUAACGUGUCGGACGACGAAAGACGACGCUGCAAGCAUGCCUGUCUCCUCUUUAAAAUGUGGGACUCAGGAGAGCUAGCGGGGCGACUAGACUUGUCAGACUACGAAACAGACGAGGAGCCGUCCGAUGAAAGCAAAGUAGCUGAACCGACCUCUCCGGAAGUCUUAUCACAAAACUUUAUAAGUUUGAACGACUUACCGACGGUCCAGUACGAAGUCGCAGGUGAAGAUGACGUCGACUUCGAACCAGGCGCCAUCAUAUGCCUGGAUCCGGUCGAACAAUACGUACAAUCUUUGCCUGAAAACGAAGAACCCAGACCCAUAGUCGUAGCUAGGGAAAGCCUUCCAUUACGAGCUAUCUACCCGGAGAUUAACUCCUCUGGAAUAGAAGAGUCUCUUCUGGAUCCAGGCUCCCAGAUUUGUUCAAUGUCUGAAGAAGUAGCAAAAGAGAAGAACAUCUCGUAUGAUCCCUCUAUAACUGUCUUCUUGCAAUCGGCGAACCAAUCACUAGCCAAGACUUUGGGUCUAGCACGAAACGUACCCUUCAAGAUUGGCAAUACUAUCGCCUAUCUUCAAUUACAUGCAUUACAUGUCAUCCCUAAAGUUGCCUAA